GCUGGGCAGAGAUGGGUUGUUUGUUCGUUGUUGGAGGAUCAGUCAGUCCAUGUCCUUGCUAAUGGCUCUGCCAUUUCUCUGUGUGUUAAUCCAGGAGGAAUUUUGUUGUCAGAGAAUAAAAGGAGUUGGUCCAUAAUUGACUUUAAGCAGCAGACAGUAAAACACUGAGCUCUUCAGCUCCGCCUUUCUUGCUCUGAGAAUUGGAAAACCAAGAAGGUUUUGAUGUUUUGUGUGGCGCCGCCUGAAUUAGAAACCAAGAUGAACAUAACCAAAGGAGGUCUGGUGUUGUUUUCAGCAAAUUCUAAUUCGUCGUGUAUGGAGCUUUCCAAGAAAAUUGCUGAGCGGCUGGGGGUAGAGAUGGGCAAAGUGCAGGUUUACCAGGAACCUAACAGAGAAACAAGAGUACAAAUUCAGGAGUCCGUGAGGGGAAAAGAUGUUUUCAUCAUCCAAACUGUUUCAAAGGAUGUGAACACCACUGUCAUGGAGCUCCUGAUUAUGGUGUAUGCGUGUAAGACCUCUUGUGCCAAAAGCAUUAUCGGCGUGAUUCCCUACUUUCCUUACAGCAAACAGUGCAAAAUGAGGAAAAGAGGCUCCAUUGUCUCUAAAUUGCUGGCUUCGAUGAUGUGCAAAGCUGGUCUAACUCAUCUUAUUACUAUGGAUUUACACCAGAAGGAAAUUCAGGGCUUCUUCAAUAUUCCUGUUGAUAAUUUAAGAGCAUCUCCCUUCUUAUUACAGUAUAUUCAAGAAGAGAUCCCAGACUACAGGAAUGCGGUGAUUGUGGCCAAAUCUCCAGCGUCGGCCAAGAGGGCACAGUCGUUCGCCGAGCGCCUGCGACUGGGAAUUGCGGUGAUUCACGGAGAAGCGCAGGACGCCGAGUCCGACUUGGUGGAUGGCCGGCAUUCCCCACCCAUGGUCAGGAAUGUCGCUGCCAUCCACCCCAGCCUGGAGAUCCCCAUGCUGAUUCCUAAAGAAAAGCCCCCAAUCACAGUUGUUGGCGAUGUGGGAGGAAGGAUCGCCAUCAUUGUGGAUGACAUUAUCGAUGAUGUUGACAGCUUUCUUGCUGCGGCAGAGACCCUGAAGGAAAGAGGUGCAUAUAAGAUCUUCGUGAUGGCGACUCAUGGCUUAUUAUCUUCAGAUGCUCCCCGACUGAUUGAAGAAUCUGCCAUUGACGAGGUGGUGGUUACCAAUACAAUUCCACAUGAAAUCCAGAAGCUCCAGUGCCCCAAAAUUAAGACUGUGGAUAUCAGCAUGAUCCUUUCAGAAGCCAUCCGUCGGAUUCACAACGGGGAGUCCAUGUCCUACCUUUUCAGAAACAUCGGCUUAGAUGACUGAGCAGCUUUCCUUUCCUAAAACUCCGAGGGCCAAACUAGAAACGUAAGAGUGAGUGCUGGGAGGGUUCUACCUGAGCGGGUGUGUUUCCAGGGGCCGUGUGUGUUUUGCUCCUUUUUUCUUGUUAAUUCCUAUGGAGAUAGACCAACUUUUUGUGUCGAUUUGGGUGUUUGUGAGUUUGUUGGGCAAUUUUUAUAAAAGAAAAACUAUAUUCUCCUCUUAAAAUAAGUUAAGACCUGGUUGUUUUUAGUUUAUUUAACAUAUAACUUAGAAUAAGAUUUUUAAGCUCACAAACAGCCUUUUUCCAAAGUUGCUGGAGCCCAAGUGCUUAAAAAAUUAAACAAUAAAACAAUCUGUAUUAUAGGUGCAGUUGAAAAGCCAAAAAGAUUCUGCUGUAGAAUCCAGUGUGUGACAUUGUUAGAAAUGCUUUUAUAGACAAGCAUGUGGAGUAUGUGACCUUAUUUAUUUUCUGUAACAAAAGAAGGAAUAAAAACGUCCUGUGUUUGUGUGUUUUUUUAAAACUUGGUGUUGGGCAUUUGUUUUAUAACUAAAGUAAAAUGAAAGCUGAAUAU